AUGUUACGACACGCUAGCGUAUUGGGGUUCUUCCUAAAGCCUCUAGGAUGGAUUCCAGGUGGCCCUCAACAAGCCGCUUAUGCCGCCGCCCUCGGCUUGGUCGCGAUCCAGGUCGGCAUCGGCAUCAUCAUGAAGAUCUCCCAGACCGGCGGUUCUUACUCCUUCUCCCCCUCGGCGUCCGUUACCAUCUCCGAGUUCUUCAAGAUGGUUUUGUCCACCAUCUUCUUCUGGAACGAAUGCAAGCGUAGAGCCGCCGACGGCGUCCUCCCGUCGACCCGUGGAGGCGGUAGCGGCUACGCCUCUCUCGCCACGUCAGAACUACCUUUGACCGAGCGGAGCAGUUUGGAAGAGAAACGGGAAGAAGACGCGCCGAACGGUAGCGCCAGCUCAUCGAGUAAUGCCAAUGGCGUCGACAAGCACAACCGCCCGCUCCCCCCGCUCGACUUCAGAACCUAUUGGCGCUAUGUUCGCGGGGAAGUGACCAAAGACGUCAGAUACGGCUUCUGCAAUUUGGCCUUAUUCUACGUGCUCAUCAACAACUCGAUCUUCGUCAGCUACAAGAUGGCCGAUCCCGGUACGAUUCAGUUGACCAAGAGCGGUGUCACCUUUAUCACCGCCCUGGUCAUGAUUGCAACCCUGAACACCAAAAUCUCCAAGGUCCAAUGGAUCGCCAUUCUGAUGCAGAUUUGCGGUUUGAUGGUGACCCAGUACAACCCCCAGACGGGCACGACAUACCCGUUUAGCACCUACUUCAUUCUGCUCUUCCAGGUCUUCUUGAGCGCGUCCUCGGGUGUGUAUAACCAGGCGCUUCUCAAGACGGACGACUCGAGCUUGCACGCCGACAACAUGAUUCUCUACGGCGCUGGUGCAUCUAUGAAUUUACUCUGCCACCUGGUCAUCAAGACCCUGAAGGCCGACGAGCCGGGCUUCUUUGAGGGCUACAACAGCUUCGGUGCUAUCAUGGUCAUUGUCAGCAACGUCUUCAUCGGCCUUGCGAUUACUGCUGUCUACAAGUACGCCGACGCCGUCAUCAAGUGCUUCGCCACGGCAGUCGCGACCGGCAUUCUACUUUACGUCUCGCCCGUUCUGUUCGGCACCAAGCUCAGCUUCCUCGUUCUGCCUGGUACUGUGGUCGUCUUCGUUGCCUCUUGGCUCUACAUGGACAACCCGCCUCCCAAGGACCCCAACCCUCCGACCAAUGAGCCCCAAAAACUGUCCUUGUUCAGCAAGAUGGCAGCUGUUGCAAGAAUGUUCAAUAAGAUCUUCCUCGCUGUCGCUACCUUUGUCACAGUUCUCAUCGUGGCGUUCCUCACCAUGUCGGAAGCCAGGAUGCCCGACUUCGCCAAGGAGGGAGGCUCGGCGCCGUCAGCGUCGGUGUCGUCCGGACCCAAGCCCGUUACCGGCAGCGAGAGCACGGUCGAGUCGCCUUUCAAGAACACCAUGGCCAUGAUCCGAUGGAACUCUGCACGCCCUGAACGCAUCCCCUUGUUGCAGAAGUACGAGCCGUUCUUCCACACCGUGCACAUCUCCAUGCCGAACAUGUUCCAGGGCGAGGACCCUGAAUUCCACAACUUGACCCAUGACCAGUUCCCCGGUACCUUCACCAUUUACAAGCAGGUGUCCCGCACCAUGAAACUUAUCCUGGACACUCAGCCCGAGAUCGACGGGCUCAUGUAUUACCACUUCGAUGCCUGGGUCGACCCGCUCGGCUGGACUGGCAUGAAUCCCUACAACAUCCAUUUCCCCUCCGUCAUUGACACUGCCCCGCCAUCCCAGGGUGGACCCGAAUACAUGUGUCUGACGGACACCAAGAACUACAACUGGUGGGGAUGGGGACAGGACUUCCACCGCACCGCCAUGGCUGCGGCGUCAGUGGUGGACAACUUUGGCCUUGAGUACAAGAUUCGCCGGGACGAGUUUUGCGUUGGGUGGAGUGACAUCUACUACAUUCCCCGACGGUUCUUUGCCGAUUACAUCUUCAUGUCCGAGAUCUUUGCUGGCUUUGGUGUCUUCCACGAGGUUGCCAUUCCUACGAUCGUGCACAUCAUCGACCAGAGCCGCCGCCGCAACCCGUACCGGUCCAUCGUUGAUCAUAUCAGCGACUGCUGGGGCAACUGCUGCAGCUCCAACCCCAAGAUUCGCGACGUGCUCGGUGCUCGAUGCGGUCACCGCCUCAAUUACCUAGAGGAGGGGAUCAUCAAUGCAUUCUACGACAAGCUCGACGCCCAGGCGAAUUUCCUCGGUCAGACGCUCAACUCAACCAAAUACGCUAUGACGAGCGGCGAUGCCGCUCACAUUUUCGACAGCGCUGCACUGGCGAGCAUCAACAAUGGCGAAGCAAAUAAAGUCGCGCCCGCCAAAGACGACGCUUUGGAAGACGACCUGCGAGCGGAUAAGCUGGCGGCCGAAAAGAUCAAGCAGGAAAAAGGAAAGCUGAAGGAUGAGCAUGCACCGAUCGACAAGACAGGAAAGCCUGGUGACCCUAAGGCCGACCCUUCUAAGGUCCCUCCCCCGCCCCCGUCCGGCGAGCAUACCCCGAAGCCGAAAGACGACAAGGAGGGCGCCGCGAAGGAAGGAGGAAAGAAGGGGGGCGACAAGAAGGUCGACCCUAACGAUGCUCUCAGAGAAGCCGACCGCGAUGGUGACGUGAAGCGGAGAUUCCGGCGGGAGAUCGUGGCUGCCGUCGCUGGAUUCGGCUAUUAG